AUAUGACAGAAAUGUCGCUUAAUCAACAACAUCGCCAAAUAGAAGGAGUCUGCAAUUUACUAUAACUCAAAGUUUUUUAAAGAAAACCUGUGCUGCAGUCGUGUUCCCCGCUUAAAAACGAUAGUUUUAAUAAUAUAUAAUUAAUUAAUUUCAUAGUUGGAUCAAUAUUUUAUACAAGAAUGCCUGUUAAAAAUGACGGUGAAUCUGAUGAAGCCUUAUCCGCUGAAUCUGAGCAUUCCAGCCACGGUGGACAUGAAUCUAGUGGAGAUGACGAAGAAGCUAACGAAUCUGACGAUUCCUCUGAAAUGGAUAUGUCUGAAAUAGAGCGGCGACGUGCGGAAAGUUUAUCGGUUAUAGCGAAUCUGGAGUGCCAAUUUCAAACUUUACGUGAACAAUACUAUUUGGAACGCAUUAAGCAACUUGAGCAGCAGUUGAAUGCGGUGCGUAAUGGCACCUCUGAAGAAUAUUUGCAGCCACUCAAUGAGUUGGAGAAAGUGCUUCACAAUCGGGUUGAAGUGGCGGACGUACAACGAAAGUUGAGAUUAGAAAACAUUGAACAUAAAUAUCAUUCAGAAUUACAAGCAGCACAACAAAAUUUUGAGAGUGAAAAAAAAUUGGCAUAUGAUCAAAUACAUGAUGACCUAAUGGAUAAAAUACGACGUUUAGAAGAAGAUCGCCAUAAUGUAGAUAUAUCUUGGGCAGAUUGGGGUACCGAUAAACGUACCAGUAAAGUACGCGGUCCAGGGCGUAAAAAAGCAGUUACUGUUACUGGACCGUAUAUUGUAUACAUGCUGCAUGAGGAAGAUAUAAUCGAAGACUGGACGGCAAUUCGUAAGGCAACAAAGCGUUCUCAAGCUACAGCUGCGGCUACCGCAGCCACAUGAUUGUUACUGUAAUAAUGACUACCAAACUGAGCUUCCAGCAAUGUACAACAGUAAUAUUUAGCUGCGAAAUUACUAACGCAUCUUACUGACACACUUAAAUAAAGUGUGCCGUGAAGCAGACUUAUACUUCAACUUAGUUUUAUAAGAUGUAAAUUUAAAUAGCAAUAAUGCCCGCACACCAGUUCUUAAUAAAUUAAUCAUUGUACCAUUUAAUUAAACAAAAUACAUUAAAAAAGCAAAUUUUUCAAAA